CAAACUGUUAAAGCUUUGGAUGCGUUUCAGAAAUACAGAGCUUUGCAAAGUUUAUACAAAAAUGCAAACCAAGUCACGACAGGAUCCCUUUCUUCAUACACGGCAACUGCUCCCUCACCUCCUCAACAACAACAAAUGGUCAACCUAAACACAUUUGUGCUUGCAACCACACAAAAUGUUCAGACUUCUCAAGUAGCUCCUAUCCAGUUUGGACAAAACUGUGCCGAGGAUAGAUUAGCUUCAGGGUACCAAACAAGACAGGGUACAGUAACCUCUCAACCUUUUGGAAACGGAAAUGUUGUAGCACAGUCGUUCUCAAAUGGACAGGCUUUGCACAUUUUCAACACGAGUCAAACUCAACAGCCAACAACUCAUCUCUGCUCAUAUAACAGCUGGGGAGAACCUGUCAACUCAAGGAGCACAAAUAUGAUGAACCAGGAUAAUUCUUCCUUUCUUGUAAAAUCAAAUGAUGUUCCCUUAAACCCUGGUGGUGGAUCACAGCAAAUGCUGAGGUAUCAAGCGAUUGCAGACAGUUUAAGUAACUCUCACACUGUCAGCUCUGAUGAGUGCCCUCCUUCUUAUGACAGUCAUCACUUUGUCAGUAUUCCCCAAAUGUCUACACAAAAUAUACAACCUGUGACAUCGGCUCACUCUGAAAAUUUUAACUUUAAUACUACUCAGUCCUUAUCACUCGAUUCUGGACAAUCUGGACAAUCUUUAUCUCAAAGUGCCAUGUCAAUAGGACAUCUCACUUCAGAUGCUCCACUUCAACAAAUGACUUUACCGGAGGUCUUUAGUAUCAACUCAGAAAUAAGUAAAAGAAGGAAGACAGUCAAAGAUCUUCUUUCUGGCAAUACUAGGAUCUCAAAAGAAACUCCAGUGGGAUUAACAAGUUUGUCUUCACCUGUCAAACAAAUUGACAAAUCUGUUCACUCGAUGCCUGGACACACCGGCACAAGGGCUGUUGCUAUUGUGCAACCAUUGUCACAGGAAAAUGAACAUUCUUCCAACACUGCAAUCUAUGAAUCUGUAAAUAUUCCAGAGAAAGAGUGCAUUAAACCUAAUUUGUCAAAGGACACAGAGGCUCCUUGUUUGAUGGAAGAAUCUGAUUUAAACCAAGAAAAUUUGAAUCCAGAAGAAGCCAGUGAAGCAGCUUCUCAUGAUGGAUCUGUUUUACCAGAUUAUGAGCGUCGAAGCGCACUUGAAAGUCCAGCUCAAAAACCAUCCGAGGUACCAGCAAAUCAGACCUGUUCAAAAGUUCAAAAGGAAAUGGUGUCCCCUCCACUAUCACCUGUUCUUGAUCUUUCUUCCCUCCCAACAAAUGCAUGGACUGUAGAGGGUCUAAAUAAAUUAAUAUUGGAGACAGAAAAAGCUCAACCUGAAUCACAAGUUGAUUCAAAGCAGUCAAUUAUUGUCAAAUUAAUAAUCAUGUUUUGGAAUAAAAAUGUCAAAGCAUUGCUUCAAAACUACAAGGCCGGUGCAAGUUUUGCACUUAAUGUUGAAAAGAUCUGCACACGCUUCUCAGAAAAAUCUGUAAUAUUGUCAGAAGUUAAGCCUGACUUUAAGGACCAUUUGAAACAAUACCACAUCCUCGACAAUGCUGAAAUCUAUUCAGAGCAACCUUACAAAUCACAGUGGUUGAAUGUCAAUCAUCAGUUAGAUGACAUAGACAAAGAAUUUGGCUUCCCUUGGGUUCUGAAGCAACAUUUGUAUGUGCAUGAGGUUGGCGGAAGUAUUCCUGAGCAAAUUAUAAGUGAAGUACAAAACAAAAUCUUGUCACGGGCAGAGCCUGAAUCUGUUGACCUAGUUAAAGAAAAAGAAGUAUGUACUGUUGAAUCCACUCCACAUUCACUAUCUUCCAAAAAAAAGCCAGAUGUCUCCUGUGACUCGGAUCACUCAUUUAAAAUAGAAGUUUUACCUCCAGAAGAAGCCAGAUCUAUUUAUGAGCAAGUACAAAAUCAGACGCAUCCAAGUACUAGUUGUGAGAAUGUCACUGCUUUAAAUGGUUCUUUGCAAACACAGGUAAACAAAGAUGCAGGUGCUACAUUAAAAACUCACAACAUGGAGAACAAGUCAGAUGAUAAGAUUAAAGAAAUUUGCUGUCUUGCAAGGUUUAUGGAAAUGUAUUCAAUACCAGACCUGCCUUCUUCCAAAUGCUUGUGCAAAGUGGAGAGAAGUUGUAUUGGAAAAUCUGUCAAGACCCCCAAACCUGACACUGACAAUCCAGCAAAGAGCAAAGAUGUCAUAGACUGUCGAACCAUAACACUAAGUGCUUCUGAGCUUUGCAGUAAACUUGAUCAAAUCAUCGACUUGACUGAAAAGGAUGACAAAUCUUCCCCAUCUUUUCAAGAGACUGAAACAGAGCAAGAUAUGGAGAUAAUUUCUCAUAGUUGUAACAACAAACUUUUUCCAUUUUCUCAAGAGACCGAGAAUCUAGAUCAAGAGGCCGAGAGAAUUUCCAAGAUCAGUAACAAUAGUCAAUUACACAAUUUCUUGAAAAGUGAAGAUGAUGAUCUUUCUGCUAUUGACUUUGUAACGGCAAGUUCUCCAUUCACAUUGGAAAUUUCUGAGACAGAAUCUGAAGACAACUGUCAACAAGAACUAAAAUCAACAGAAGCCAUACAAUUAAGUACUUUCGUCAGCAGUGCCAACAAAAUUCAAUCUGAUAAAUCUUGCAGCAUAGAGACUGAAAAUGUCUUGCAGUUGUCAGACCAAGAAGAAAACUGCAGGCAAGUUUAUCUUAAAUUGGUUGAGAAAGCAGAAUCAGCUUUAGAAAGCAAGGGAACUCAAACAGCCUACCAUCAAUCUAGCCACAGUGUAAGAAAUAAACAAACUAAAACAAAAAGGAACGGACAAAGCGGCCUUGAUCUGCUUUUCCCAGAACUAAAGAUGCAAAAGCAGUGCAAGCGCUCUAUUGAGCUGGACUCUGACAUUUCUGAAGCUCAACCUUCAAGCUCAGAAGCGAAAACUGUAGAGUUGGUGCUGUUUGGCUCAGGGCAAAAAGAGCAGGGUUCUCUACCUGAAAACAAAAAACGUGAUACUUUAUCUCCAAGUAUUUUUUUUGUAAAAUACAGACCUCCUGCAGUUCUGUCAGUAAAUCUGGACCCUCCAAGGAGGAAAUCCCUUGACACUGUUGGCCCAGAAACAUACUCUGCCAAACAGCUGAUCUAUGAAAGAUGGAGGAAAACUUUUCAUCCAACUCUGAAUGGCUCAUUUAUGAAAAGUCUCAGAAACAAACUAAAAAGACAGAAACAUCUAUCUGCAUCCCUAUCUUCAAGUUUAAAGAAGCAGCAGUGGUCAGCUUCAUCUAAAGUUCAAGUCCCUGAUGGAACAAGCAAGAACCCUCAGAGUCUGAAGAGGCGGCGGUCCUUCUCUUUGCUACGCAGACGUGAAAAGGUGAAGAGGAGGCGGUACAGUGUCACACUUGAACAGCCUGCAAAUCGGGAAGAAAAGGGGACUCAAAAUGGAAAUCCUGCCGUCAAGCCACUUUUGGAAAACAUUGUCUUGAAGUUCAGUGUUUUACCCGACACCUUCCACUUCAAAGACGAGUCCAGCAGGGUGAAGGAUACCUCUGAUUCUGUUUCAGG